AAAUGUUAGGAACCCCUUAAGAAGGUUGAUUUUACUUACAUGAAUUCUAUCAUGGCAAUGAUGAAGGAUCCUGAAGUUGAUAAAUCAUUUGGAUGGGUGCUUGAAAUGUGAUCGAGUAAAAUUUGUCGGUAACUUUCCACCUGCUGUCUCAUCACUACAAAAUUAUUCUUCAAGGUUAUUUCUGUCCUGCUUUGGCUAAGGCUGUAAAAACAAUGAAGAAGGGAGAGAAAGUUCUCUUGAAUAUUAAGCCAGAAUAUGCAUUUGGUGAGGGUGGAAAACCUUCAUCAGGAGAUGAUGAUGUUGUGCCUCCCAAUGCUUCGCUCCAAAUGGAUCUUGGGUUAGUCUUGUGGUGGAUUGUAUCUGACAUUACUAAGGAUAAGAAGGUCCUUAUGAAGAUCUUGAAGGAAGGAGAGGGAUAUGAAAGACCAAAUGAUGGAGCUAUGGUUCUAGGUACAGUUUUGCUAAUAAAAGCUUUUAAAGGUUUUUGUACUUUGAUUUCAUUUGUAAAGGUGAGAAUAUUAUGUCUUCAUUUUCUUUAGGUUUUUUUAGUUUUGACAAAGUUGGAAGAUAUACUUGAUUACUUAUAUAAUGCUAACAUGUGUUUAGUUA